GGUGAAAUGUGCGAGGCUCUAGGAGGGGCGUGCCUCCUUCCGGUCAUUUCCUUUAGCAACCCCCUCUCGCUCCCCGCCACGCACGCACGCACGCACGCACGCACGCGCGACUUUCAGUCCGGCGGGAGCUUCCCAAACUCCUGCCAAUCACAUUUUUUUAGGGGUGGUCCUUAGCUUUUUUAUUUAUUUAUUUUUAAUUUUUUAUUUUUAUUUUAUUUUAUUUUAUUUUAUUUUAUUUUGAACAAGCUUCGUGAGUAACCAUUCAUCACCAGGGAAGCGGAGCUUACGUCACUUUUUCCGAUUUGCUUUUCUGGGGGCGGGACUACUUUUUUUGUGGGCUUCCCCCAGGUCAGGGAAUGCUGUUGAUCGCCUCAGUUCGUUCCGGCAUUUGUUGAAUUAAUAUCCGAAAUCUUUUGCAGCGUUUUCGACACCGUGUUGGGGCUUCUGGAGUGACUCAGUCUCCACGCUUGAAAAAUUUUGCUCUCCAUUUCCUGGAUCUGUUUUUUUAAAUGUUUGUUUUGAGUUAGGGUUUCUCUGUGUAGCCCAGAAUGACCUCGAGCUCAGAGACCAAAGGCGCGUACACCUACGCUGGGCUAUGUUAAUUUUUUUAAAGGAUUAGUUUAUUUUCGUCUUGUGUUUUUUCCUUUAUGUCUGUCUGUGCACCACGAUUGUGUGCACUGCCCGGCUGACUGUAAACUCACAAUUCUGCAUCAGCCUCCAAAGUGCUGAAAUACUACCCACCUGACUUUGACCCAUCGAAGAUCCCAAAACUCAAGCUACCCAAGGACCGGCAGUAUGUGGUGCGGCUGAUGGCCCCCUUCAACAUGAGGUGUAAGACCUGUGGAGAAUACAUCUACAAGGGGAAGAAGUUCAAUGCACGAAAGGAAACCGUCCAGAACGAGGCCUACCUGGGCCUGCCAAUCUUCCGAUUCUACAUCAAGUGCACACGCUGCUUGGCCGAGAUCACCUUCAAGACAGACCCCGAGAACACAGACUACACCAUGGAGCAUGGGGCCACGCGCAACUUCCAGGCUGAGAAGCUUCUGGAGGAGGAGGAGAAGCGAGUGCAGAAGGAGCGAGAGGAUGAGGAACUGAACAACCCCAUGAAGGUCCUAGAGAACCGUACAAAGGACUCUAAGCUGGAGAUGGAAGUGCUGGAAAACCUGCAAGAGCUAAAAGACCUGAACCAGCGGCAGGCGCAUGUGGACUUCGAGGCCAUGCUGCUGCAACACCGCCUGUCUCAGGAGCAGUGGCAGCAGCAGCAGGAGGAAGAAGACGAGCGUGAGACAGCGGCCUUGCUGGAGGAGGCUCGCCAUCGAAGGCUUCUGGAGGACUCUGAGUCAGAGGAUGAAGCUCCACCUUCCCAACCACAGGCAGCUGCAAGAGCCAACCCCACAGCCAUUCUCAGCGAGGUACCAAAGCCCAAGAGGAAGGCAGAGGCCCUGUGCAGCAAAGCACAGUUGGCAGGCUUGGUUGUACCAAAGAAGGUAAAGACGGAAACCAACGGGGGCUCAAAGCAGGUUCAAGUGCCCACUGCCGCAGGUGCCCCCAAAAGCAGGAAGGCAGCCAACCCUACACUGCAGACACCUGGUGCUUCCUCCCUGAGCCAGCUGGGUGCAUAUGGGGACAGCGAGGACAGUGACAGCUGAGCAUCAGUGAGGCCCACCAUGACAUCAUAGACCCAAGAAAUGAGGAGGAGAUGGGAUCAAGCAAACACCUUCAGCAGAGGCCUCAGGACCUUUUCUGCCAUGGUCCUGGCAGGUGUGGAGAAGCAGUGUCCCCAGGCACCCCAGGACAGACAGCCCUGGUCCACUCCUUCAGUCCUUGAGUUGUGUGGACCCCAGGCACCCCAGGACAGGCAGCCUGGUCCACUCCUUCAGUCCUUGAGUUGUGUGGACCCCAGGCACCCCAGGACAGACAGCCCUGGUCCACUCCUUCAGUCCUUGAGUUGUUUGGAGCCUAUUGGCCAGUUCCUUCCUGCCACAGAUCUGAACACUGACUGACAUGGGACAGGGGACAGGGACCCUGGGCACCAUCUUCUAACCCAACACAAGGUCUGGGGCUCUAUCCAUAUGCAACACAAUAGUACUGUAAAAAAACAAGAAGAAAGAAUAGAAAAUCAAUUGAAAAACAGAAGCAUGUGGAGAGAACCUGCCUGGCUGUGGGGGGGUUACACCAGGGCUUAAAUACCUAGGAUUUCUGCCACACACCCUUGGGCCUGGCCUCUCAGCACAUGUCCUUCAUUCAAAAUUUGGGAUUACAUCAGUCUGUGUUCUGAUACUGUAAGGAAAUAAUGUUGAGACUGAAUCUGUUGUGUAGAAUGAAGUGAGUCAGGCACAGGGUGGAGGUGGAGAAGCAGCUUAUAUAGCCACACUCUCCGCCUCACCAGAAACUGAACCACCAAACUGACCUUAAACCUGAAAUGUUCGUA